GAUAGAGAGCGCACGAUGAUGGCGAGGGGAGGGCCCGGGCGCUUGCGCAGUAGGGUGGCCGCUCCCGGCCGCGUGCGGCGCGCAGGUCGGCGCAAGCGCGGAGGCUGGGGCAGUUGGCCGCGACGCCACCGCGCAUGUGUAUCAACCACAAGGGCACCACACCUUCUUGGUGUCCAGAUGGAGCAGCAUGCUAGCCACCCGAACGAAAAAGCCAAAGAGGAAAGUAAUGCCGUGCCUCUGUGUCGAGCUAAACCCUCUCCUAGCUUUAUUAAUCUUCAAGCAAGCUCCCCACCGGCCACUUUCCUGAACAUCCAGAGAACAAAGCUGCCCUCAGAUGUAUUGGCAAACUGCUCUCAGGACUGUCCUCUUUCCACAGAGGUCUCAUUUUUCCAUGGAAUGUGCAGAAAGAACUGGGUUGGGAUGUAGAGGUGAGGAGGGGAUAAAGCAGUGAUUAAGAAGAAGAGGACUUCACACCAGCUUCAACCCUUUGGAGAGACAUCUUUAUUCUGUGCAUCUGAAGAGAACAGCACCAGAGUAAGGCCAACAUUAAGCUUGAAGAAUCAGAGUUUGGCAUUCAGGAAAAAAUUCUGAUGAAGCCACUAUCCAUGGAGAAAAAGAAAGCAAUUAAAAUAAUUUUAACAACAGAGAGGCUCCCAAAUUUGUGGAUAAGUUUGGACCUAGCUGUGCUUGGAUGCACAGGAAAGGGGAAGUUAUGUUUGGAAGUUUGUCUCUGCUUCCUCAGAUCAUAAUUGUUACCAAAGUGCAAUUCUGGAAUAAAACCUGAAUGGGGACCCCUC